ACGUUCUGGAGGAGGAUGGCGAAGUGGCCGUCAGGAUGCACACAGCAUCUUCACAGCUUGUAGAUUGAGCAGCACAGUCCCCUCCUCCUUCUCCUCCUCCACCACAGUGGGAAACUCCUGGGCAUGUGACUGCUGGAGUUAAGAUGGCAGCUCUGACUGAACCUUUAGGUCUGGAAAGAGAUGUGUCCCGUGCGAUUGAGCUCCUAGAGAGACUGCAGCGAAGCGGGGAAGUACCGCCACAGAAACUGCAAGCCCUGCAACGUGUCCUACAGAGCAAGUUCUGCUCUGCCAUAAGAGAGGUGUACGAGCAGUUAUACGACACUCUGGAUAUCUCGGGUAAUGCAGAAACCAGGGCACAUGCCACUGCCAAGGCAACUGUUGCUGCUUUUGCUGCUAGCGAAGGCCACGCCCACCCGCGAGUCGUGGAGCUCCCGAAAACCGACGAGGGUCUGGGGUUCAAUAUCAUGGGAGGAAAAGAGCAAAACUCCCCCAUUUAUAUUUCCCGUAUCAUUCCCGGCGGAGUGGCGGACCGCCAUGGAGGCCUGAAACGCGGAGACCAACUCCUGUCUGUCAAUGGGGUGAGUGUGGAAGGGGAGCAGCACGAGAAGGCGGUGGAACUACUGAAGGCCGCACAGGGAACGGUGAAGCUGGUGGUGCGCUACACUCCGAAAGUGCUGGAGGAGAUGGAGGCCAGAUUUGAAAAAAUGAGGACAGCUCGACGUCGGCAACAGCAGAACAGCUACACGUCUCUGGAGACCCGAGGAUAAUCAUUCCCACCGGAGUGUGUCCUAGAGGACUCAUGAGUGCCAGGCCCGUCACUCUGUAUUUAUUGACACAACUCAUCUCUGAUCUGUGUACAGUGUUUAUUUCAGUUGUGUUUGUAUAUGCAAGUCCAGGAGUGUAUCUGAAAGACAGUGGUGUGCUCUCAGAUUCUCUGACAUGUCUCUGUUGGUUGUGAUGGAGCUUUCUUGGUGGUUGGU